GUUUAUUGUUAUUUAUUAUUUUUCAAUAUGGUUUAUCCACCGCCGUCGUUCAAGGAUCAAAAUAUUUUUUCAAAUGUUUAUAUUUUAUUUUACGUUUAGCGGUAGCUAACAUUUCCCACAUAUGUAUCUCGAGUACGAACUACGAACCUUUUUUGUAUAAUUAUUUCUAUAAGAUUAUCUUAGUUUGUGGUGUUUACCAUACAUUUCUGGCUACUGUGAACAUCAUCUUCUCCAAGUUUCAGAUACCUAUAAGACAACGGACAAUAACUAUUAAUAUGGUAUUCUAUCCAACACUAGAAGGGUAUGCUCGAAAACUGCUCACGUUGACAAUGAUAAUAAGAAAUGAUGAAAUUUUAUUAGGCAUGAAAAAACGUGGUCUAGGGGUAGGCAAAUGGAAUGGUUUUGGUGGUAAAGUAGAACCUAAUGAAACAAUUGAAGAGGGUGCUAAACGUGAAGUUAAGGAAGAAUGCGGAUUAGAUGUUGACGGUAUGGAAAAAGUUGGUAUUUUAGAAUUUGAAGGUGUUAAUUCUAAUGAAAUACUGGAAGGACACGUGUUUAUCUGUACCCAGUAUUCUGGAGAUAUUAUUGAAACUGAAGAAAUGGCUCCUAAGUGGUUUAAAAUAAAAGAUACACCGUAUGACACAAUGUGGGCUGAUCAUAAAUUCUGGUAUCCAAUGUUGUUAAAGAAAAUACCUUUUAAAGCAUAUUUUAAGUACCAAGGAUAUGAGACAAUUUUAGAUUACAAUAUAAAAUUAUUGAACUCUAUAGAAAAACCUAAAACAAAUUGGAUAUGUAUUAUUUUCAAAAAAGACUGUCAAAUACUUUUGAAUAAAAAUAAACAAUUGUGGAGUUAUUUUAGUAUGGCUUAUGAUCAAGUUGAAAGUAAUGAAACUUUAGAAAAUGCUUUUAAAAGAUGUUUAAACAAAUUUUGUGGUAUAAGUGAUAUUCAGACAAAAACACAGAAAGUAGCUGUUGUAGAUAUUGAGCUUAUUGAUCAGAAAGUUAUUACAGAAACAAAUGUUUUUGUAGUGAAUAUUAAUGGUUUAUCAGAUUUUGCAGAAAUUGAAGGUACUCAGUGGCUUAAUAUUUCCAGUAUACCGAAACAAUGUAUGUGGCCUGACACAAAGUUUCUAUCUACUGUACUUCAAAUGAAACCAUUUAGAGCAUAUUUCCUAAAUGAUUUAGAUAAAGUAUUGUUUAGCAAAUAUUACGACUAAAAACACAUUUGAAAUAUAUUUUUAAAUUUAUAA